CGAAAAGACCAGUGGCAGCGUCUUUGACUUUAACAUUACUGUAUGAUAGACUGGGCCGACUAACAACGCCUGCUGUACGGUGUACACAGAUUAUAUAGACUUAUUUGUAAUUAUAGUCGUUUUUGUUAUUUGGCGGGGUGCUUCAAUUUGUCACAAUGACAGCCCUGUCGCUGCUUUUGAUGGCUGUGUCGGCAGCAUCUGUGCUGGCUGAGUCCACUGUCUUUUUUCGAGAGCAAUUUGAAGAUGGGGAAGCCUGGAAGAGUCGCUGGGUGGAAUCCAAGCACAAGUCCGACUACGGCAACUUGGUCCUGAGUGCAGGGAAGUUCUAUGGAGAUGCAGAGAAAGACAAAGGUCUGCAGACGAGCCAGGACGCCCGCUUCUACGCCUCGUCAUCCCGUUUUGAUGACUUCAGCAACCAGGGGCAGCCUCUGGUUAUCCAGUUCACUGUGAAACAUGAGCAGAGCAUUGACUGUGGGGGAGGCUACGUUAAACUGUUUCCCUCUGGCCUCAACCAGGAGGACAUGCACGGAGACUCGGUCUACAACAUCAUGUUCGGUCCUGACAUUUGUGGCCCUGGCACAAAGAAGGUUCAUGUCAUAUUCAACUACAAAGGCAAGAACCAUCUGAUUAACAAGGACAUCAGAUGCAAGGAUGAUGAGUACUCCCACUUGUACACACUGAUAGUCAACCCUGACAACACUUACGAGGUCAAGAUCGACAAUAAGAAGGUUGAGUCUGGCAAUCUGGAGGAUGACUGGGACUUCCUGCCUCCCAAAAAGAUUAAGGACCCUGAAGCCAAAAAGCCAGAGGACUGGGAUGACCGGGAGAGGAUUCCCGACCCCGAUGAUAAUAAACCAGAGGACUGGGACAAGGCUGAGAACAUCCCAGAUCCUGAUGCUAAAAAGCCUGAUGACUGGGAUGAAGAGAUGGACGGAGAGUGGGAGCCUCCUAUGGUUGCUAACCCUGAGUACAAGGGUGAGUGGAAACCCAGAGAGAUCGACAAUCCUGCCUACAAGGGCAUAUGGAUCCACCCUGAGAUUGACAACCCGGAGUACACAGCCGACUCUGAGAUCUAUAAAUACGACAGCUUCGGUGUGAUUGGACUCGACUUGUGGCAGGUCAAGUCUGGUACCAUCUUUGAUAACUUCCUCAUCACCAACAACCCAAACCUGGCAGAGGAAGUAGGGAACGACACAUGGGGUAAAACAAAGGACGCAGAGAAGAAGAUGAAGGAAAGCCAAGAAGAGGAGGAGAGAAAGAAACGGGAGGAAGAUGAUCAUCAGAAGAGAGACGAGGCAAAGGAGGAAGACGAGGAGGAGGAGGAGGAGGAGAAAGAUGAGGAGCAAGAUGAGGAGGAAGAUGAAGAAGAGGAGGAGGAGGGGGAAGAGCAGGAGGAGGAAGAAGAGGACGAUGAAGGCACAGACUCUAAACUCAAGGAUGAGUUAUAAACUCUGUGCAGGAACUGACUGUCUGUGUCAAUGAGCCAGUGGAACGAGGCUAGACACUGAUGAGAUGAUAGACCCUCAUGACUGACACCCUGGG